AUGGGGCUGCCCACCAUCAUCGAAGAACAAAAAUUCUGUCGCUAUUGCGUGACCGGCACCGUGCCCUGCCACAAGUUCAUCGAGGAGCCGUGGCUCGAGGAAAAGCUGAAGCUGAAUGCAGAGAGGGCCGGCACAGGACUGUCACCUUCGGAUGGGGAAGCGGACAACACCACAGCCCGACCAGCCGGCUGCCACCCGGCCUGGGAGUUCAUGCAGCUGCUCACCACCGACCUCGACCAGCUGCAGGAGAGGGUUUGCCGUCGAAGGUUUUCAGGAUGUCCUUCCCUGGGUGAACUGACGUGCCACCGCGUCCAGGGCCUUCCGAAUGCAGCACCCGAUUGCCGCCCCGCCGAACAAUACGCCUACGCCACCGGCAAGGACCCGCUCAUCACCGACACUGACGUCCUCUGCGUCCCGCUGGGUGGCAACGCUUCUUCGGCAGUCUUCAGCUCAGGCGCCGUCAUGCCCAUUCUCAUCUUCCUCUACACGCUCAACCAGAUGGCC